AAGUGGAGGCAGAAAAACAAAAAAAAAAAUUAAAUAAAAAUAAUUAAAUAUAUAUAUCAAUGUAUAUUUGCCAUUUGUGACGGGCGAGAGGGAAUCCAAGGCCUGGAAAAUUAUGGAGAAUUGGAAAAGAGGCUCGCUGGCGAUUCUAUCAGCCGCUACCAGAUCGAAUGCUGAGUAUGUUCAGUCAGAAUGCUGCAAGUUAUACAGAUCGGAAGACAAGUUAUGCUCUGAGCUUACAUCUUACAUAAGAUCUGCCAAGAAGAUGUUCCCUCAGUUUAGUGUGAGGCCUGGAAAUAGACAAAUUCCUUUUGGGAGGGCUCAAAAUUUGUACUGGUCUUCUUGCUGUACUUCAAAUUCACACUUAGAAGGUUUAUACAACUUACAGUCCGCACCUUAUGGAACAGCAGCUAGAAAAGUCCAAAGAAAUCGUUCAUUCUCCAAGAUAGAACCCGAAGAUGUUCUUCACUUCCAAAAUAUACUUGCAGUGAAAAAUGUCAUCCAGGACAAGGAUGAAAUAGCCACAGCAAAUACUGACUGGAUGGGCAAAUAUAGGGGUUCAAGCCCCCUUCUGCUUCGUCCUCGGAACACGGAAGAGGUCUCACAAGUCCUUAAAUAUUGCAACACAAGAUGUCUAGCAGUUGUUCCACAAGGUGGUAAUACUGGACUUGUAGGUGGAAGUGUGCCCGUUUUUGAUGAGGUGAUUAUCAAUCUUGGUUUGAUGAACAGCACAAUAUCAUUUGAUAAGGUAAGUGGAGUCUUAGUUUGCGAAGCUGGUUGCAUCCUAGAGAACCUUGAUACCUUUUUAGCUGAUCAAGGGUACAUGAUGCCCAUUGAUCUAGGUGCAAAAGGAAGCUGCCAAAUUGGUGGAAAUAUUUCCACAAAUGCAGGGGGCAUACGCCUUUUGAGAUAUGGGUCUCUCCGUGGAAAUGUUUUAGGGCUUGAAGUUGUUCUUGCAAAUGGCACCAUUGUUGAUUUGCUUGGGACCUUAAGAAAAGACAAUACAGGCUAUGAUCUAAAGCAGCUAUUCAUAGGCAGUGAAGGCACCCUUGGCAUUGUCACAAAAGUUUCAUUGCUUGUGGCACCAAGGCUUUCAUCAAUAAAUCUUGCAUUUCUUGCUUGUGAAGAUUAUCUUAGUUGCCAGAGGCUACUCUCUGAAGCAAAACGGCAAUUAGGGGAGAUCAUCUCAGCAUUUGAGUUUCUAGAUCAUUCUUCUCUGGACAUGGUUUUGUCUCACUUGGAAGGCACACGAAACCCUCUACCGAAUUCACAGGAGAAAUUCUAUAUUCUUGUUGAAACUACUGGUAGCAAUCAGUCACAUGAUAAGGAAAAGUUGGAUGCAUUUCUGGAAAGUUCUAUUCAAGCGGGUCUCAUUGUUGAUGGCAGUUUGGCCCAAGAUUUCAACCAGAUUGCUGCAUUUUGGCGAAUACGUGAGGGUAUUGCAGAGGCUCUGGCGAGAGCAGGUGCUGUUUACAAGUAUGAUUUUUCGUUACCCAUUCAGCAUCUGUAUGAACUCGUUGAUGAGAUGAGGACGAGGCUUGGUGAGUCGGCUAAGGUUGUUGGUUAUGGUCAUCUUGGAGACGGUAAUCUGCAUUUGAAUAUCUCAGCUCCUAAGUAUGAUGAUAAGCUCUUGGAACAAAUUGAACCCUUCAUAUAUGAAUGGACAGCAAAUCAUGGAGGUAGCAUCAGUGCAGAGCAUGGGUUAGGCUUGAUGAAAGCAAAUCAUAUACAUUACAGCAAGCCUGCUGAAGCUGUACAACUAAUGGAUUCCUUAAAAAAACUACUGGACACCAAGGGGAUUUUAAAUCCAUACAAGGUUCUCCCUUCUUAAAAACUUUCAUCAGAUGAUAGUGCAUAAAACAUCUCGGGACACUACCCCAGCACACGUGAACUAAUCAUUGCAGCAUUACAUGGAAAAGAAGAGAUGUUCAUUGGUUUUCAUUGGUUUUCACUCCGUGCAGGCUGUAUUAGGAUUACAUUAGAAUGUACAAAGUUACUUUAUAUUGAUGUUCAGUUGUAUUUAAUUAAGAUGAAAUUCCAAUAAAAUUGUUUCUUCUAUAUUGACCUAAUUUAAUUUAAAAUGGGAACGUAUGUGGAGUUACUAAGACCAAGACAUUGAGAUUGAAAUUGUAGCCUCUUGAUUUGGGUCCACAUUAGUGAGAAAUCUGUGCUCACAAAGAGUACUCGAUGGUUUGGAUGAAUAUUGGGCUAGGUUUGAUCCCAAAGUGACUUAACGAUAAAACUGUUGAAGCGGCUUACAGAAGUAAAACAAAUUAUUAUUUGUUUAAUAUGACAAUUUAAUUAUUUUAUUUUAACAAAGUUAAUUUUA